CGAUGAUGCUGGAAUGAGGCUCUCAAAACGCCCAAACAAAUUCCCAUCACCUUUUUAACAGAGACCUCUACGGCCCAAGUCGGCUACCACGCACCUUCCUCCAGUAGCUCCGCUACGCGUCCUAAACAGUGAAGAUGGCGUCGCGUGGCCUGGGCGGCAGCAAUCACACAAUGAACAUCACGGCAUCGCAGGGGAGCCAGCAGGGGCGCGCCUCCAUGGCGACCUCGGGCUCGGCCGUCAAGGCACGGCAGCUGUCGCAUCUCCACUCUCAGCUCGCCCAGCUAUCAGCCAACCUCGCCGACACAGAGAACCUGCUGCGCAUGACGAGCGUGCAAGCAGAAGCCAUGCGCGGGCUCGGGAGCUGGCAUGCCGGAAUGUUUAUGGCUGCGAGCAAGUUGGGCGAGGAGGCGGUUCGCGACCAGCAGCAGGGCGGUCAGGGAGGUGAGUGAUAGGGAGGAACUGGUGUGUGUUCAGUUACACCGCAAAAACGGGCCGUGCUCGUUCUUGCAGCCCACUGCCCAGAUUAUGAGGGAGGCUAGCUCGUGAAUAGGGGAUAGCAGUGCCAGAAUUUCCAGCAGGGAGGCCAUAAAGAUAACAUUGAGGACUGCUUUCCUCUUGUCAGGUUUCAAGCAGUUGGUAGGCGUAAGAAACCAGCCGCACUCCUGGAAGACCUGAUCGACGCCGAGCCGUUCUGGCAUGGCGUUGUUGAGCGUCUCCUUUUAGUCAAGGCAGCAUAGAUGGACAACCUCAGGGUAGCCCUUUGCCUCGGAUGCGUUCAAGAGUUUUCAGUGUGUCAGUCAGGUGGUGUCUUUUGGCCAGUAGUCCCUGCCGCGCCUCCAGCUGCCUUCUCUUCGGUCGCGUCCCGGAACGGCCUCCG